GCUUACCUUUCGUGACUCAGCCACAGGUCCACUUCCUCCAGGAAGCUUUGACUCUGACACUGCCGUGCCCCCUACUCGCUGGCCUGUGUCUCGGCUCUUGGCUCUUACACCGCCUGACCUGCACUCGGAUCACACCUCAUCAGCUUUCUCUCUCCUGCUAAGUAGAGCGCUAAUCAAUUAUUUCUGUGCCUCCAUCACUUUCACUGGUGUGGGGGAGUACUGAUGGGCACGUUUUUAGGGCUCUUAGAUGCUUCUUUUUUCUCCUCGACAUCAAAUUUCUCUGUGUAGCCCUCGCUGUCCUGGAACUGUUUGUAGACCAGGUUGGCUUUGAACUCACAAAAACCCGCCUGCCUCGACCUCCCGAGUGUGGGACUAAAGGUGCAUGCCACAACCACUCUCUUCGUCAUUUCUUUAGGGGUCCUUAGGUUGCACGUUGAAGUGUACUUCCUCCAAGGGUGGGUAAACCAGCUUCUUCAUGUUUUCUUUUGGGAUCUGUUCUUAACCUUGUUCACCUGUGUGAUUGUUUUUUCUAGGCUUGGGAUCAACUAUAAGCUAUAUAGGCUGUCCCUGCUGAACUAGACACCAGCCUGCUUUGUUUUUGAGACAUAAUCUCACUGUGUAGCCCUGGCUGGCCUAGAACUCACCAUGAAGACCUGGCUGACCUCAAACCCAUAGUCCUCUUGUCUCAGUCUCACUAAUGCUAGGAUUACAGGUGUGUUCCUGUCUUUGGGACUACACUUCCACAGAACUGACUGCCCUAGAUCCCUCUCAUUACAGAUAGACUGAUCACAGACCUGAGUAUGUCAGGGUAGAGAGAGGCCGCCAGACUUACGACCCUAGAGGUAGGGCAUCCAGAGCACUCUGCCCAGAGCUCUCCUCAGCCCCGAAUUUGGCUCAAAUGCUCAGCCCUGGCCUCUUUCUUGUGUUCCUCACCUCUAGAAAGAGGCCAGCCUAAGGGAGAGGACUCCGAUUGGCUGUGUGCACCAUGGGAAGAGCUGCCCAGGCUGGCCUGGCUGACGGACAGGUGUCAAGUUCACCGAGAGAAAGGCUGUUGAAGUUUUCCUUUGCAGAGGCUCUGAAAGAGUGGGAGGGAACUUCUGAGUGGCCUGGAGACUGUGCCGAGACCCCCGUCACUCCCUUGGUUCUCUUCCUCCUCUGUAGAGAACUUCAGGACUUUUUGGCACUCUGCUUUUAUUGUGGACCAAGAAUAGAAAGAAUUUAGUUACUGAUUUCUGCCAGGAACAGAGUCCAGCUCCAGAAGAGAGGAGCAAAAAGGGCAGUUCUGCCCUGGCGCCCUGCUUACUCGGCUGCAUUUCAGGUGACUUCUGACCUUGGCAUAGUGCUGGGAUCUAAGCAGUGUGUGCACGGGCCUGAUGGGGAUCUGACUGAUGAGCUAUGUCCCCAUCGAGGCACUGCGUGAUGACGUGUGUUUAGCGUGGGAUGAAAUGCUGCUUGGGUACCAAAGGGCUGACGGAAAUGGGAGUCUGGCUGAACCCUAGGAAGUUGGUGGUAGCGAGGAGACGCCAUGGCAGGGCUGAGCCAAAGCAGCUGUGGAGUAUGUGAACAGCCCCUGAAGCCCUAACUGCCCUGUCCAUCAUGAUCCAGAGGCUGUGGGCCAGCCGCCUGCUACGGCAUCGGAAAGCCCAGCUCCUGCUGGUCAACCUGCUGACCUUUGGCCUGGAAGUGUGCCUGGCUGCUGGCAUUACCUAUGUGCCACCCCUUCUGCUGGAAGUAGGGGUAGAGGAGAAGUUCAUGACCAUGGUGUUGGGCAUUGGCCCAGUGCUGGGCCUGGUCUCUGUUCCACUCCUCGGCUCAGCCAGUGACCAGUGGCGUGGGCGCUAUGGCCGCCGGAGACCCUUUAUCUGGGCUCUGUCCCUGGGUGUCUUGCUAAGCCUCUUUCUCAUCCCAAGGGCUGGCUGGCUGGCAGGGCUGCUGUGCCCAGAUACCAGGCCCCUGGAGUUGGCCCUGCUGAUCUUGGGAGUGGGGCUGCUGGACUUCUGCGGCCAGGUGUGCUUCACUCCGCUGGAAGCCUUACUCUCGGACCUCUUCCGGGACCCAGACCACUGCCGUCAAGCCUUCUCUGUCUAUGCCUUCAUGAUCAGCCUUGGGGGCUGCCUGGGCUACCUCUUACCUGCCAUUGACUGGGACACCAGUGCCCUGGCCCCCUACCUGGGCACUCAGGAGGAAUGCCUCUUUGGCCUCCUCAGCCUCAUCUUUCUCGCCUGCAUGGCAGCCACUCUGUUUGUGACCGAGGAGGCAGUCCUGGGCCCACCCGAGCCAGCAGAAGGGCUGUUGGUCCCCUCCGUGUCACCCCGCCGCCGCUGCCCGUGCCGUGUCAGCCUGGCUUUCCGGAAUCUGGGCGCCCUGUUUCCCCGGCUGCACCAGCUGUGCUGCCGCAUGCCUCGCACCCUGCGCCGGCUCUUCGUGGCUGAGCUGUGCAGCUGGAUGGCUCUCAUGACUUUCACACUGUUCUACACAGACUUUGUGGGAGAGGGGCUGUACCAGGGCGUACCCAGAGCCGAGCCAGGCACCGAGGCCCGGAGACACUAUGAUGAAGGCAUCCGAAUGGGCAGCCUGGGGCUCUUCCUGCAGUGCGCCAUCUCCCUCUUCUUCUCCCUGGUCAUGGACAGGCUGGUACAGCGGUUUGGCACCCGGGCAGUCUAUCUGGCUAGUGUGAUGACUUUUCCUCUGGCUGCUGGUGCCACAUGCCUGUCGCACAGCGUGGUCGUAGUAACAGCCUCAGCUGCCCUCACCGGCUUCACCUUCUCGGCCUUGCAGAUCCUGCCUUACACGCUGGCCUCCCUCUACCAUCGCGAGAAACAGGUGUUCCUGCCCAAAUACCGAGGAGAUGCUGGAGGUGGUAGCAGUGAGGACAGCCAGACAACCAGCUUCUUGUCAGGCCCUAAGCCAGGAGCUCCCUUCCCCAAUGGACAUGUGAGCCCCGGCAGCAGUGGCAGCAUCCUGGUGCCUCCACCUGCACUCUGCGGGGCCUCCGCCUGCGAUGUCUCCAUGCGAGUGGUGGUGGGUGAGCCACCCGAGGCCAAGGUUGUGAGUGGGCGGGGCAUUUGCCUGGACCUUGCCAUCCUGGACAGUGCCUUCCUGCUGUCCCAGGUGGCUCCGUCCCUAUUCAUGGGCUCCAUUGUCCAGCUGAGCCACUCUGUCACUGCCUAUAUGGUGUCAGCUGCAGGCUUGGGUCUGGUCGCCAUUUACUUCGCUACGCAGGUAGUGUUUGACAAGAAUGACUUGUCCAAAUACUCUGUGUAGAUGCUGUUGUAAGGCAUCGAGGAAGGGUCUGUCUCAGGAGUCUCGGCCUAGAGGGCUGCUAAGCUGGCCUUUCCAGGUCUGUUGUUGCCUAAGUGGUGUAGCUCUCUGCUGCCCCCCUAAGGCCGUGAGGUGUGUAGUUGCACAGAUAGAAGCCGGCCCACUGGCCGCGUCCCACAUGGGUGCCCGGCUAAAGUUCCGCAGGGAUGCAAGUGUGGGUUUGUACCUGUGCGUCACCAAGGCUCAGAGUUAAUGGCUAAUCUCCUGCUUGAGUCACCAUGGAGGGAUUUGGGGACCUGAAUGAACUUCCCUCUUAAGUCUCUUGUCCAGAUUCUGCCCCCGUUGCUCUUGCAUGGGCCUUUCCUCCAUGGGGUGCGACAGGAUGGAAGGAGGAAGGAGGAGCCCUAAGAGGCAUGAUGAGACCCCGCGGUCCACAGCGCCGCUUUUCUGCCGAGUCUCCCGCCCCACCUGUUCCGGGAAAUGGCUCGGCUUGUUGGCCCUUUCGUUGGCCCGUGUGUUGCCGUCAGGGAGGCACAGGCCUUUAAAUAUUUAAUUUAUUUAUUUAACACAUUAGAAGUAAAAUUCAUUCCCAUUUUGUGUGCCUAGGAGUUGAGUAGGGUGGGAUCCCCAAGGAUUGGUUCCACUAAAAUAGCCGAUACUGCAGACUCCUCUUCUAGGGUGAUAGAUACGGUCCCCCAAACUGCCAAGCCAGUACCUUGGGCAGUCCUCUUCACCCUGACUGAGAGCCAUUGAGGGAAAGUGGAAUGGGGUCCAGGCUCUUCACAGCUUGCCAAGUCCCACUUUUCUCUUGCCCCAGCUUGGCUCCCUGACUCCCUCACUGCCCCCCUAUAGGACUGAACCCAUGAAGCAACUGCCCUUCCAACUCUGUCCAUUGGCUCCGUGACCUCUGUGUGGGACUUUUUGAACCCGAAGCACAAGUGUGGUUCCUAAGGCCUCUGCCCGUCGCAGCCUCGGGGGCGUACCUGUCACAGCCUGGGGAAUCUCACACAAACUCAGGAGUACUCCCUGCCAGAGCCAAGGAGCUCUCGUCUAGGGGGUGAAUUUCAGUGCUGAUUGCAAUAAUGUUGUGUCUUAUUUAUUUAGCAGAGUAAAUAUUUUAUACUGUAUGUGAGAAAUCAGAGUAUAAUGUUUAUGGUGACGAAAUUAAAAGCGUCUUAUAUGUUUA